GCGGAAUGGCGCCAAAACGUCCUGAGGGGAGAAGGAAAACAACAUGUCGCUGCGCCCCCCGAAGGCCGCGCAGGGGGGGACCGAGACGCUGUUGGCGGAACCGGGGGAUUUCUCGGUCCGCGCGUCCUAGGAGGAAAUGAUGGAAGCCUCCCCUGUCCGUUAUGGGAGACUUCUUACUACUAUCCUAGGUCACGGGCGCCCCGUCGCCUCACUGCAGCGCCCCUUCCCCGUCAGCAAAAUCCCCGCCAUGGCCAUAAGCCUCCGUCCUGGCGUAGGAGGGGGCCCCUCCUCCCUCCAUUGGCUCCGCUGCACCAGGCAUCGCCAUAAAUGCCUCUCCGCAGCCUCCCGCUGCCCCCUCAGCACAGACACCUUCCAGAAGGGCGAGCGGCCGCGAGGGGCACUUGCCGCCACCGCCGCCUGCGUCGAGUUCCUGCUGCACACGCUGCCCGGCCGGGGUCGGGUGUCUGGCGCUCUCCCCGCGGCUUCCCAGGGAGGCUCGGGUGGUGCUGGCUGACCCGCCGCCAGCUGCCUGAAUGGUCCCCGCGGCUGCCAUGAACCAGGCCCCGGACCCCAAUGGCCCCGAGCAGCCUGAGAGCAGAGAUGCCCGCGCCUCGGCUCCUCUCCAAGCCGGAGCCGGAGGCGGUGGCGGCGGCCCCUCCAGGGGGAUGCCGCCGCCGGCGCCGAACCUGCCCCAACUCAUCCAGAAUGCUGCCAAGCUUCUGGACAAGAAUCUGUUCUCUGUCAGCACCCCGAAUCCUCUGCUUCCUUCUCCUGCAGGUCUUCAGCUUGCUCAGCUGCAAGCCCAGCUUACCCUGCACAGGCUAAAAUUGGCUCAGACAGCAGUCACCAACAACACAGCAGCUGCAACUGUCCUGAAUCAAGUUCUCUCCAAAGUGGCCAUGUCUCAGCCUCUGUUCAACCAAUUAAGACAUCCAUCCAUGUUUAACGCUCCUCAGGGACAUGUUGGAGGGCCUGGAGUUACCAACUCUAGAUUCCCACCUGGUGGAAUACAUUUUCCAGCACAAAACCCCGCUUUGGCAGUACCGAGUGGAACUCUGGGGCCUGUAAAUAACCUUCAAAAUCAAAACCCAAAUGCUGUUGUCAUAAAUCCUUUUGGAGGUGUAAUAUCUCAGACAGCUGGACAACAGGCUGUAGUUAUGGGACUAAAUAAGUCUGGCAUCUCCUCUGCUACAGGUGGAUUUUAUGACUAUGGUAAACAAGUAUUUCCCUCUGAUGCAGAACAGUGCAGCCAGCAUGGCUUUGUGACCACUGCGUCUCAUUCAGUCCCAACUUCUUCUGGAGUUGGAACCUAUGAUGGUCAUUUUGGUAAGCAUGACAACCAUCCAGGAUUUCAGAAAGACUUUUAUGGAGUGAGUUCUAAAGGCCAGCAUACAGCUGGUGUACAGACUUUGACUUUUGCUGCUGAUCCACAUAAUUCUCAUCAGAUUAUAAAUCAAAAAGGCGAGGCGGGUUCUGUAGUACAUGAAACAGAAACAAAGCAGUGGGAAAAUCCUUCUACUUUUCCUAGCCAAAAUAAGCCUGACACCAUGCCCAAUGCCAGCAUGUGGCCAUCAACAAGUGCCCCAUAUGAAAUAAGAAACGAUCUCUACAACCCUGAAGAACCAACGCCUGACACAAAGUUCAGUGCUGGCGCUCCACUUCCUUUCAGCAGAACCAAAAGCAGUAAGCAGAAUUUCAGCAACUCACGAAUGAGACAGAAGCAGGAAGCAGAUUUCUCAGUGAGACCUCUUCAGUCUCAUGAGCUAAAUGACUUUCAUAGUAUAGCACCUGUUUGCUUCCCUCACAUCUGCACCUUAUGCGAUAAGAAGAUCUUUGAUCUAAAGGACUGGGAUCAGCAUAUUAAAGGAAAUCUUCACAUUCAAAAAUGCAUUGCUUUCUCAGAGAAUUCCAACAUACGGUGUGUGCUAAGUUCAGCAGAAGGAAUGCUGCACUCUUCUCCAAAUAACACAUCUGCAUUUAAUCUUUCUGGUUCCGAAGAUUACACUUUAAACGUGGGGACAUCAUACAACUCUACACCUUCAUUUGGCCAGCCAGGUUCUACGUUUUCUUCUAUACUAUCCGGAGUAAAUCUGCCACAAAGGAAAAGUACACCAGGUCGAGUAGUACACAUUUGUAAUCUUCCUGAAGGAAGCUGUACAGAGAAUGAUGUUAUUAAUCUUGGACUUCCCUUUGGAAAAGUCACUAAUUAUAUCCUUAUGAAAUCUACCAAUCAAGCUUUUCUAGAAAUGGCCUACACUGAGGCAGCUCAGGCUAUGGUGCAGUACUACAAAGAAAAACCUGCAAUGAUAAAUGAUGACAAAUUGCUCAUUAGAAUGUCUAAAAGAUACAGAGAACUUCAGUUGAAGAAACCAGGUAAGAAUGUGGCAGCAAUAAUCCAAGACAUCCAUUCUCAGAGGGAGCGGGACAUGUUGCGGGAGACAGACAGAUAUGGACCUGAAAGGCCUCGGUCUCGCAGCCCUAUAAGCCGUUCUCUUUCCCCAAGAUCACACACUCCAAGCUUUACUUCCUGCAGUUCCCCACAUAGUCCGCUGAGCACAAACUGGACAGACUGGGGAAAUGGAAGAGAGCAAUGGGAUCAGUCUUCAUAUUCCCGAAGGGAGGAAGAAAGAGACUCAAUGCCCUGGAGAGAGAAUGGGGAAGAGAAAAGAGAUAGAACUGACACAUGGGUGCAUGAGAGAAAACAUUAUGUGCGCCAUUUGGAUAAACUAGACUCGGAAGAACGUUCUGAAGGAACCAGAAGCUACAGAGAAAAAUAUUUAAGAGGGGGGUCACCCAGUGCAAAGGGGAUUCAUGGUUUGCCUGGAUAUAAGAACAGAGAAGAAGACUAUUAUAGGAAACCAACAAAGCAAAAAUCCGAUAAAUAUUCAAAACAGACACUGGAUACAGCUCCAAAGUGUAAAAGGAAGGAAGAAGCAAGAUUGAAAGAACACAAGCAUUCUCACUGUGAAGAUCCAACAAGAGAAGAAAAAUUAGAACAGAAACCCAACAAGGUCCCUGACAGUAUCAAGCAAAAGCAAAGUGAUAAGGAAAAAUUCAAGGAUUCUGAUAAAAAGUCAGAGGAAGAAGUACCUGAUGAGGCUGAAAGAGUUAAUGUGAAUACAGGGGCAGGAACUGAAAAUGAGGUUAAAAAAAUAUAUUCUAAUAUGGAGAUACCCUUUCCCGCAAAUAAGCAGAUGAAAGAAGCAGAAGAUUCUAUGGAAAACUCAAGAAAAGAAAAGGACUGGGAGAGCGGAAGUGAGAUGGAAGCUGAGACCUGGUAUCCAACUAAUAUGGAAGAGCUUGUAACUGUAGAUGAGGUGGGAGAAGACGACCUUAUAAUGGAACCGGAUAUAACGGAACUUGAAGAAAUAGUAACAGUAGGUCAGAAAGACCAAGAAUGUCCUUUAGUGAGUUCUUUAGCUGCUGGAUUACAGGUGAAGAAUGAGCACAGCUUAUUAAGUGGAAGUAAAAACAAAUCAAAUGCAAUGGAAUCAAGCUUAGGGUCAGAAGAGGAAAACGCAGGAGAUCUCCCUGGCUCUGAAGGUGAUAAUGCAGCUGAUAAAGCACUACAUCUAAAUCUGGACACUGAGCAGAAGCCAGAUGAAUUGCAAGAAGACAGACCUCUAAGGGAUUCUGAUUACCAUGUUAAGCAAAGAAAAAUAACAGAAAGCACUAACAUUCAUUUAAGGAUGGAAGAGCAGUGUGUGUCUUCUGAUCCUCCAAAAGAAGAGCUCUUCCAGCCGAAUGACACACUCGAAGGUGAUGAUAAAGCAAUGGAAUCAUUAGAAAGCGAGAGUAGAAAAGCUAUGGAAAUGCUGGUAAAAAACUCCCAGGAGGAAACAAGCUGUGGAAGUCAGGAACAUCAAAAGGCACCGGCAAAUUGUAGGUAUCAGGAAAUGAAAACUACUGACUUCCCAGAGGUAGAAUCCAAAAGAUCUUACUUUUCACCAUCAUGGGAACAAGAAGAUGUUUUUACGGAGCUCAGCAUUCCCCUAGGCAUGGAAUUCGUUGUGCCCAGAACUGGCUUUUACUGCAAACUCUGUGGACUUUUCUAUACAAAUGAGGAGAUAGCAAAGACUCGUCAUUGCAGAAGUACUGUUCACUACAAAAAUCUUCAGAAGUACCUAUCCCAGCUUGCAGAAGAGAAUCUGAAGAUGAAUGAGAAAGAAAGCAGUUUGCCACAAGAUGAUAAUGGGAUUGUCCCUCACUUUGAGGAGAAAUAACUAUGAGGUGAACACUAAUGGUUUUCUGCUGAUCCUGCUUAUGCACCUUUUGUUUGCACUGUUGAAAGGCAAGCAUAGUGAGAAGCUUGUUCUAUGCAUCUACACUGACAGCACCAUUUAAAAACAAUGUCUGAAAUACAGUGAAGCAAAGUGACAUAUCUGAUAGCAGUAAAGCUCCACUUUCUCAGCCUGUAAUAGGCACAACAGCUCUCUUUAAACUAGAAUUCUCAGGGAUUCUCUCAGUGUUGGUUCAGGUAAAUUGUUUAGUGAAAAUAUUCUGGGAGUGAGGAAGAAAUAACCUGAAAAAUCCUUGGUUAAAAUACUUUUAUUUACAUCACCUAGUCCAGCAGCGAACUACGGGUCUUGUAAGUACAUCUAUAAGUUAUUGUUGUGUUACUGCUGAUAACAUGGGUUCAAUCAGAUGAUAACAAUAUCCAUGUCUUGUAUGAAAUACUCACAGUUCAUAUAUUCAAAGGGCUUACAAUCUACAUUGGGGUGGGGGUGGGGCAGAAGCAGUGAAGCCCUUUCCCCCUUCAGUGCCUUGACAACAUUUCAGAAGACUAAAUAUGUUCCACGUUUUGCCUCUGGUAGGAUUACUUAUCUCUUCUCUUCUUUCCUUAAGGUUUUAUUCUUCCUAAUUUUAGAAAUAAACCAGGCACUUAAUUUUGUUUCACUCAGAGCCAUCACCCAAUUUAAGAAACCUUAGUCGACUGACAGUAUAAGUGUAUUAAGUCUGCAUAAAUUUGCACAUGAAUAAAAGAAGUCCUAAAGUAGGGACAUCUUCCUUUGUCUCAGAUGAUGAACAUACUUGUUGCACCAUCUUAGAAUGUGCAAUGAGGGAUGCAGGAGGGAGGUGGUGGCACAUGAUGGUGGGAAGGUUUGGUCCCAGGGCAUGGUAGAAAACACAAGAUGCAGCAGCCUUGCUGAAACUAAGCAGGUUGGGUGUGGUCUGUGCCUGCAUGGGGAAAUGAUUGAGGAGCAUCUGGUAUGCUUUGAGUUGCAUAAUGGAAGAAAGGCAGAUAUACAGUUAAAGAAAAAAUAUCCUGCAUUUGCCCAGUUGAUCAGACACACCAUCUAAAUUAAUUAAAAUGUUUUUAAUGAUUGAUCAGCUAAAGCUCUGAGCAGACUUUGAAUUUCACUUCCAUUAAUUUCUAUGUUGAUGAUAUAGGUGCCCAGUAUAGUAUUAUUAUAGUUGUGUUUCAGCAAUAUGUGUGUUUAUAUCACCCAGAGUUCCACUAAAGUAAACUGCUUUACUUUUUUGUUGUUUUAGUAAGGCUUGGAGUGGUAAAAUGCAUAGAUUCUGUAAAACUGUUAGUAGCAUUAAUCACAGGAUGAUCUUUUUAAAAAUGUACCAGGUACCAUUUGAGUUGCUGAGCCAUAUCUAAAAUCAGAGCAAGUGUAUUUGUUGCAUUUCUUUUUUUUAAUGUUUUUAAAGAAAAUUUGAGAAAUUAUAGGGAAAAUAUCUGUGAAUGUAUCUUCCCAUCAUUCACUGCCUUCAUAAAGUUUACCAUAUUAUAUUUUCUUGCUAUUGGCACCUUUAAGCAUUUUCUUAUCUAUGAGUAAAUUAACACAAAAAAAUCGCCCAGUUGCCAAGAUCUCCCAAUAAAAAUAUAUUACCUGUUUCAUAUUAAAAUGUUUUUUUGUGGGAGGAAAUGGAACCAGCAUCUUCAGUUAACUUUCUUUGUUAUCUUGUAAGUGUGUGCUGUCACUAGGCUAGGUUCCAUUUCAUUAAAUGGCAGAAACAUUCCAUUUAUUACCAUCAGAGAUGAGGUCAAACAGCACAUUUCAGAUUCAUAAACUUUAGAGCCUUUGAGGUCCUGACCUUCGGCUAGGCAAUGUAAGUAAGAGGCAGGGGCAGACAUGGCUUUCAAGCACACAUCUAAUCCCACGUAUCAGGUGUACUGAACUUUGCAUCCAUCCACUUUAAAACAUUUUAUUCCACCUUUCAGCAUAAAAAUUUCAAAGGUGGAUAAGAGAGUUUUAAGUCUCUUAAAAUAGAAAAAUGAAAACCAGCAAUAAAAGAAAUAAAUGUUUACGGCUGGCUUUUAGAAAUAUGAAUACUCUUGCACUGUUACAGGAAAGUCAUAAUUAAUCUGUGGAGGGAACAUGGAGAUCUUUAUUUUGCCAUCAGUAAAAAUGCUGACAUGGGCAGUUCCCAAUGAAGUAUGCAUAUCCUGCUGGGAGAUAACCACACAUAGCUGUGGAGGUGGGAGGCUCUUCUCUUGCAACAAUGGGCCACCUUGGCUUGGAAUUUUUGCACCAAAAAUCUGAAACUUAAGAAAUGCUACUUUCAUACCUGACUGAAUUCUUCACAAAUGUCAUUUGUACACAUUAAGUUGUAUGUAUAGCACAAUGCAGACUAUUUAUUACUACUAUGUAAAAAGCUUUCUUAUUUAUAAAGUGUUGCAAAAUAUCUCAGAUAAUUUUUUUAAAGUAUUUAGAACUAGUAAUAAUUUCUUAUUUGUCUUUACUUACUACUGUAAUGGGUGUUAAGUAUCCCAUGUAUUAUUAUUUUUCAUUCUAAAACCAAAGAAUCUAAGAAUUGCCCCCCCCCCAAAAACUUGACAACUAUGCUACUGGCCUGCACACUAGUUUAGUAUCAGGCUUUCAGGGUUUUUCUGUCUCUGUAAGUCUGUGUUUGUUGGUAUAUACUUGAACUGGACCAGACGUUACUAUUUAUUGAGUUCACACAAUCUUGUUUAAUCAUUGGCUUGUAAACAUUUAGAAUGUAUUAGAAUUUAAGUUAUUUAGGAAGCAUCACAAGUUUUAAUUGCUCUGUGUACCUGAGAUUUCAAAUUGUGUUUAUUAAAAUGGACAAAUUAUUGUAAUAAAGAGAAUUUUAAUGGC